AUGGACUUGGCUCCGGGCCAUGACAGAAUUAGACCCACUUCUGUAAUCACAAAGGUACCAGAAUCCAUUGGUAGUCUCAAGCAUCUACGGUAUCUUAAUUUUUCUCAUUCUAAUAUCACAUGUUUGCCGGAACAAGUGAGUCACCUUUAUAAUCUACAGAGCUUAUUGGUUCAUAACUGUUAUUGGUUAUCUAGCUUACCAAGAAGUUUUGCAAAGUUAAUAAACAUGCGUCAUCUUGAUAUAAGUGAUACUCCAAAAUUGAACAAGACGCCUUUAGGGAUCGGUGGGAUGACACGUCUACAAACUCUACCCAUGGUCUUUAUUGGAGAAGGUGACGGAUUCAAAAUAUCGGACCUUAAGGGCCUAACAGAUCUUCAAGGCCAGCUUUCCAUUAUGGGUCUAGACAAAGUAAUAAAUCCAAUACAAGCAAAGGACGCCAACUUACAUCAAAAGAAGGGUCUUGAAGUUUUGGAGAUGAAAUGGAGUGAUGUGUUUGAUGAUGCACGGAACGAUUUGAUUGAAUAUGAAGAAGUACUUAAAGAACUAAGACCUCAUCCAAAGUUAAAAAUCCUCAAGAUUUUGUUCUACAAGGGAACAAGAUUUCCUAGUUGGGUUGGCGAUCCCUCAUUUGAUCAGUUAACAGAGCUUACGUUAUGUGGUUGUCGAAGUACACACUUACCAACACUUGGAUGUUUAGGGUCUCUUAAGACAUUGAUUGUUGAAAGGAUGAGUGAGGUGAAGACCGUGGGUAUUGAGUUUUUUGCACCUACUAAUUCUUUUGUUGGCAUUGCAUUUCCAUCCCUUGAAGUUCUGGAAUUUGAAGAUAUGCAAGGUUGGCAGAGAUGGUCUAUUAAUAGUGGCGAUGAACAUGGAACUCUUACAUCAUUUCCUUGUCUUCAUGAGAUAUCUAUUAGAUGCUGUCCAGAACUAGCUGAAGUGUCAAUCGGAUUGAUACCAUCACUUCGGGUUUUACAUGUAGCAGAAUAUUCUGCAGAGGUGUUAAAAGGCAUGGUUGGUAUGUCCUCAUCACUUAUUGAAUUGAAAAUGUGGAGCGUUAAAGGACUUGCUCAACUACAUGGAGAAGAUUUAACGCAUCUUGGGGCAGUUGAACAUCUAUCUAUAUGGAAUUGUGAUGAAUUGAGAUACUUGUGGGAACGAGAAUCGGAGGCAUGCAAAAGUCUUGUGAGUUUACAGAAGUUGGAAGUAUGGAAUUGUAAAAAGUUGGUUUCAUCAGCCGAGAAAGAGGACAAUUUUGGGAUUAGCAUGAAAUCUGUAAAAGAAGUGAUGUUUAGUAAUUGUGAGACAUUGGAGAGUUACAAUUGUCCAAAUAGUGUUGAGAGGUUGGAAAUCAACAGUUGUGGUUCAAUGACAUCCUUGACCUUCUCAGCAGUGCAGGAGCACCCAUCCACUCUCACUGAAUCAAUAGUCAGUGAUUUUGGUUUUCUCCCCAUGUCUUGCCUAACAUUUCUUGAUAUCGGUUUUUGCAAGAAUCUAAAGUCAUUAUCUGAUGAGCAUUUUCAAAGUCUCACAUCUCUGAAAGGCAUGUGGAUAUAUGAUUGUCCAAGUAUGGACUACUCCUUCCCUUGUGGGGUGUGGCCUCCUAAUUUAAGAAGUCUAACCAUAGGAGGCUUAAAUAAGCCCAUGUCCAAGUGGGGCCAGCAAAAUUUUCCAGCUUCACUAGUUUUUCUACAUUUAUAUGGCAGAGACUCAGAAGUGGUUUCAUUUGCAGUGACAGAUGAUGUGAGGAAUACUAUUACUCCGUCAUCAUGUUUUCUUCUUUCACCAUCUCUGGUAUGUCUAAGGCUUGAAGGCAAAAUAUGGAGAUAUGCAUCAAGUGGUUACACAGCUGCAGCAUUCAAUAUCAUAGUCCACAGGAUGGAGGCUGUUGAAGGUCAUUGGAUUGUAGAGACUACCAAAGAUUUGUACGGCGGAUUCUUUUAA